UAUCAGUAGAGUGUCCUAUAUAAAUUGCGAUGCCUCUCUACGAUUGAAACAAACAUAACUCAAUCAGUUAGCAACAUUUUUCAGGAUAUUCAAUGAAUAUGGCUCGAUACGGGCUCUUUGGUCCGUUCAUCAGUCUGUUAUUUGUUCUGAGUUGUUGGACUCGAAUUUCGACUGGCGCUACCCUUUCGUUGGAGGACAAAUUGCAACAAUUAGAAACGACACUGCAAGCGACAGUUAAUCAACUACAAGAAAAAGUCGUCCAGCUGGAAGAAAAAGUGGCUCAGUUUCAGGCCACAAAUGUUCAACUGGAAGUCCAAAUCCGACAAAAUAAUGAAGUCAAAGACGAUUUGGUUUCCAGUGUGACUCGACUGGAAAUCAAAGUUCAAGAGCUAGAAUCGUCUUUAGCUGUUUUAUUGCAUCCGAAGAGCAAAGCCGAAGUCUUAACCGGUUCUUCUCAAUCAGCAGUAAGCAUUAAUGGAAUGCCAUCUUCAUGCGCCGAUCUCAAGAUCAUUGGCCACACCCUGACCGGAUUUUACUCCGUCGUGGGGAAUACAACGAUGGAAACCGUCUACUGCGAUUUCUCUAAACUACCCGGCGAAGCAGGUUUCCAGAAAUGGAUCGGGUACGAUGACGUCAAAUCAGCGCCCGUUUACUUCUACGUGCACAGAAACACUUCAUUCAACGAAAGUUUCAUCCCGAUUCCGUUUGAAGUUGAAACGCUCAACGUCGGAAAGGCAAUGAAUUUGACGACGGGGAAAUUCACAGUUCCGCGAUCCGGAACUUAUUUUUUCUCUUUCACGGCGCUGGCGAGUUUCCCACCAUCCGUUCCCGAAGUGUUUUGCCUAGCCUAUCUGUAUUGGAAUGGCGUUAAAAUCGGGAGUGGUGGGGUCGAAGAGGCAAACACCGCCUACCUUCAAUCAAGUCCGUUUAGCGUACAGUCGACGCUGAAAUUGAAAUCGGGCGAUGAAAUUUGGAUCCAGAUUAAUGAAAUGUCAGACGAGACGAUACUGUAUAACGACGCUGGCGACUUAUUGACUCAAUUCACUGGGUGGAUGUUGGACGAGGAGAUUGUCGCCUCUCUUUGAGAAUUUGAAUUUUCUUUUGUCGCAUAACGACACAAAGAAAUUUUAGAACGAAACUGGUAAAAUUCUGGUAUACUUGGAAUAAACAGAUGUUUCAAUGAAAAA